AUGAAUGCCUUAGAAGAGAAAGACCAUGUAAUAGAAGAGAAUCGCCAGGCAUUACAAAAGAAAGACCAGGCAUUACAAAAGAAAGACCAGGCAUUACAAAAGAAAGACCAGGCUCUCCACACCAAAGAUCUACAACUGUCUAUGCUGAGACAAGAGUUACAAGAAAUGCGGGAGCGUCAAAGACCUCAAUCAGCUCCCCUGGACAGAAGUGACUUUGACGCAGAAGAGCAAUCUGGAGAACCUGAUGUAAGAGAAAGCCAGAACAGCAGUCGCAACGAGGACGUAAAUCUAGUGACUUGCCAGAUGUGUCUUGACGCACCCAUGCAGGUCUUGCUGCGUCCAUGUAACCAUCUGUGCUGCUGUGCUCUGUGUGUCUCCAAACUGGACGGACGAUGCCCCAUUUGUCGACGUUUUACCACAGACAUGGAGAAAGUCUAUGUGUCUUAA